GCCCGUGACCUUGAGCCCCUGCCUCAGUUUCCCCCCGGGCGGCGGCUCCCCGCACUGCGCUGGCGGGGGCGCUGGAGGCCGUGGGGGGGGGUCCCCGGGGUCCCCCCGUGCAGUGUCCACCCCCGCCCCCGGCCCCGCCGGGACAGAACCCAGAAGUCCUCCCCCAGCCCGCAGCAGCAUGUUGCCGACAAGGCCCCGCCCCUUAAUUGCUUAUGCAUGAGGUUGUGACACGCCCCCUCUGGCUGCGGAGACAGGAGGCGGGACGGGCUCCAUCGUUUGCAUGCGGCGUGGCUCCGCCCCCGGCGCCCAAUAUUUGCAUAACGCCCCGCCCCCCUCGCCGAGGGUUCCAUCAUGGCUCCACCCCGCGUCCCUUGAUUGGCAUAACGCGUCGCCCGUCCCACCGUGGUUCUGUCAUUUGCAUACCCCCUAUUUGCAUAGCUCCGCCCCCGAGGAAAGCGCGGGGCCCGGAGUCCCGCCCUCAUUCGUGCCUCGUCGCAUAGCCCCGCCCCGUCGUUGGCUAUGCAUGAGGCGUGGCCCCGCCCCCCGUGUCAGCUGGCCCCGCCGAGGGAGUCGCGCGCCCCGUGUCCUUCGCUGUCCUCGGGGCCGGCGCCGCGGAGCCCCCGGCAGGGCCCGGCACGGCCGGCGGCCAUGUCCUCGCAGGACUCGCGCCUGGGGCUGCACAUCAAGACAGAGCCGGUGUCACCGGGGAGCCCCAGCCCCCCCCGCCAGCGCCACGGCAACGGUCCUGGCCCCACCCCGCUGCGGCCCCCGACGACCCCCACAGCUCCGGCCCCACCCCCGAGCCCCCGGCUCUGCCUCGUGUGCGGCGACAUCGCCUCCGGGCUGCACUACGGGGUCCCGUCCUGUGAGGCCUGCAAGGCCUUCUUCAAGCGCACCAUCCAAGGCAGCAUUGAGUACAGCUGCCCGGCCAGCAGCGCCUGCGAGAUCACCAAGCGGCGCCGCAAGGCCUGUCAGGCCUGUCGCUUCACCAAGUGCCUGCGCGUUGGCAUGCUCCGGGAAGGAGUGCGGCUGGACCGGGUCCGGGGGGGGCGGCAGAAAUACAAGCGCUGUUCAGAAGCUGACGGGACCCCCUACCUCAGUCCUCCUGCCCCCCCUGUCAUCAUGGCAGCCAGCAAGAAGUCCACCCCGCUUCCCACUCUGGUGUCCCACCUGCUGGCGGCUGAGCCCGAGCCCCUCCUGGCCAUGCCUGACCCAGCACUGCCUGAGGGGCCCCCACGCGUGGCCACGGCCCUGUGCGACCUGGCAGAUCGCGAGAUCGUGGUCAUCAUCAGCUGGGCCAAGAACAUCCCCGGCUUUGCAGGGCUCUCCCUCCCAGACCAGAUGAGUCUGCUGCAGGCAGCCUGGCUGGAGGUGCUGGUACUGGGUGUGGCCUGGCGCUCGUUGCCCGGGGGAGCUGGGCCCGACCCUCCCCCGCUGGUCUUCGCCCAGGACCUGGCGCUGGAUGGGGCGGGGGCACGGGCGGCCGGGUUGGCCGAGUUGGGCGCUGCCCUGGCCCAGCUGUUGGCACGGUACCGGGCCCUGAGGCUGCAGCGUGAGGAAUUCGUCUUGCUCAAGGCCCUGGCGCUGGCUAAUGCUGACUCGGUGCACCUGGAAGAUGGGGCGGGCGUGCAGCGGCUGCGGGACGGGCUGCUGGAAGCAUUGGCGGCACUGGGGGGGGCGGGCCGUGCCGGGCGCUUGCUGCUGACGCUGCCCCUGCUGCGGCAGACAGCUGCCCGGGCCCUGCGGCACCUGCAGCGGCUGCAGCUUGGUGCCCGUGGUCCCCCCCACAAGCUCUUUCUUGAGAUGCUGGAAGCCAUGAUGGACUGAUGGAUGGGGCCAGGCAGACCCACGUGCCCUUCCCCUCCUCCUCAGGGACCCCCAAUGGAUCUGGGGGCAGACAGAUGGGACAGAUGGGGGGGGGCAGGGGGGUGUGGCCAGACACACAGACAGCCCCACGGAGGCAGAUGGACUGGACAGACGGGGAUUGGGGUGGGGGGGUGAGGCGCACAGAUCCAUUGGACAGGAGCUGGACAUUCAGAUGGAUUGAAGGCCAGACACGGAUGCGCAGGGGUAGGGGUGAUGGACGGACAGACUGGGGUGGAAAGUGGGGGAUAGUGGAUGGACACACGGGCAACUGGGUGGGAGCAGAGGCAAGACAGUUGGACUGGACCAGACCAGGGUGCACAGACAGACUGGACUGACAGAGGGAUCCGGGGGCAAGACAGAAAGACAGCCUUAGGGCUGACCCAUGGCCAGGCCACCCAUCCCAGGUGGAGGCAGAUGUGGGUGCAUGGUCCACGGGUCCUUGUGUCCCUGGGGGGCUGGACAGAAGGACAGAUUCUGUUGGGGGCAGGGCUGGGAAGCCAAGUCCCAAACCCCUGGAAGCCAUAGACCCCUGAUUCCCCCCCCCCCCACCAGUUCAGGGGGGCCUGAAGGGAGCUCAGCACUGGAUGGGGGUCCCCCUCCUUAAAGCAAUAAGUAGCCCUGGGCACUGUUGGCAGGGGGGAGAUAGGGCUGAUCUCCCCUGGGGACCCCAGGACUGCCCCCCUAUCCCCAGCUUGGGGAGGGUCUCAGGGACCCCCCCCCCCAAAGCAAUAACCCUUCUGUACAUAGCAAUAGCCCCAUCUGGGCUGAGGGGGUCAUCCCCAUGUCCCCUCCCACCAGGGCUUGGGGGUGGGGCCUGGGUUAAUUUAUGGAGAUGUACAUAUGCUAAAUACCUCGGGGGCGGUGGCGGGCUCCCCCCCCCCCCGCCCCAAUAAAGCGUGGAGAUCUCGGA